CUCCACCAUAACAAACUUGCGAAAAGUUCCAGCUCGGGGAUGCACCCCAGGAAUCACACAGCCAUCGCACAAAGCCCUCAAACCACCACGCCCGCCGCCCUUCCGCUGACAGCACCGUCUCGAAUCUCGACCAGUCGACCAUUCCGGCCAAUCCUGGACAGAACAGGGUAUCGGCAACAGGGCAUCGGCAACAGGGAAACACGCUACGGGUAUGAAGUGGUGGUUGUACCUUUGUGGCACGAAAUGCACUCACCAGCGGGUAUGAAACUGCAUGAGCAAACAAGAGGUUCAGCCUGCAGGCGGGGCCCCAGUGCCCUGCACGCUAAUGACCCCUGUAUUCGUCUGAAGAACUGCAGAGAGCCCAGAAUCGCCAAAGGUUGUCACUGGCGGCCAAAGUUGGAAUCGACAUGGUGUUAGACAAGUGUUGCAACGAACAGCCCCCGUCCGCACUCCCGGCUUCGCGGAACGCCUAGUCCGGACAUACCGUUACAUGUACUGCCGGCAAUUGUGUUGAUGCGCGACCGCAAGGGUCGGGUGAGGAUCGCGAUGCGACUCUGAGGGUGUGAUUUGAUGCUCAUGCUUGGUGGUAAGUAUGCUCGUGAGGCAAUUGACACAGCCCUACUGAGCACAAUCCAAGGAACGGCGGGCGUUAGGG